AUGAAUAAAGGAUAUAUUAAGAUUGCUUUGGCACUUUUAAGUGUCGCAGGAUUUAUGCAAAAUAUAGCAUUUGCAAGCGAAACUGAUGCAGCUACUACUUCAAAUGACCAAGUUAAACAAGUAUUACAUGAAAACGAUGAAGACGUUCAACAAGAAUUUUAUGACGACCCUGAUGAAACUAAACAAGCAGAUAAAACUAUGUUCGAAGCUUUAUCUCUUGUAAAAAAACAUGCCAAAGAUACAGAUGAUUACGAAAUAUAUGAUAAGGUAGAUGACGAAGCAUGUAUAUAUUAUAAGAAAGUAAACGAUGUUGACAUUGGAAAGCUUGAACUUAUAAUCCCCAAUUCUGAUAAUUAUGAAGGUAUAAUAAACCUUCUAUGGAAUCCCCAAGGCGCAGAGCACUUUGAUGGUGCUUUCAUUGAAGGACGCUUUAUUCGAAUGUACAAUGAAAAUUUAGGAAUUUUAGAACAACGUCACCAUUGUAUUCUGAAAUCAUGGAUUGGAUAUUAUCAUGCAUUAGCCAAAAAAUUUAAAUUAUCAGAAAACGAAACUGCAAUAACCAUGGCUUCAUCAAAUAUCAAUGCUCAUGAUCCUAAAAACACUAGAAAAUUUGUAAAUCCUUUGGUAAAAAAUGCAAAAUUAUUCAACCCUGUUAUUAAUUCUGCAGAAGAUAUUAGAGAAGGGCAACUAUCCAAAAUGUAUAUUAACUUAUUAGGAUUUAUCAUUAAAAAGGAAGAAAAUUGCGUUAAAAUUACCUAUAUUAUCUCUAUUGAUACAAAUCUUCCAUGGUUGACUCCAAAUAAAUUGAUUAGAAUGGGCGUAGCCAACAAAAUGUAUGAUAUUAUCAAAUUAAGAAGUAUGUUUCAAUCGGAAUAA